AUGCCGAAAAGUCUAGAAAAGACUCGCAAGAAGAUCGCCAAGAAGAAGGGAAACAUCACAGCUCUGCAUGAGAACUCGCGAGAUUCUCAGAGGUUGCGCCGGGCUUUGAUGAGGGAUGAUAAAUUGAUCAAGGUUGCAUCGGCAAGGAGGAAGAACGACAAGCCUUUAGUCCAGCGGGCAGCAUACUUCCAAGAGGCAAUCCGAGCGAAUGAUGGAAAGCCACUAGAUCUCGAGAGCGUUCAAGGUCUCAUCAAAUCUUUUGUGCACCAGCACGACGAAGAAUUCAAUGAGCUGAAGAAGGAUCGCAGACCAGGAAGACCUGCGAGCACUAGAGAGGACUUGUUGAGGAUCAAGAUUGCUGCAGAUGAGAAGGAAUACGAGAAUGGAUUCUACUUACCAGAUCUUACGGACGAGAACAACGUCAUAUUCUUGGACAGAUGGGAGGGUUCUUGGUCAUAUCUCUCCACACUGAAAUGGGUUCGGAUAUCGAGCGGGGGUCAAAUUCAAGAGUCGAAAUUCCCACCGAAAGGAGAGUCAUGA